AGGGGCGGAGAGAUGACCGUGAGGACACGGAGAGAGAGGGUUAGUUUGGAGAGGAGCCUGGGACUGCCUAUGGUGGAUGGGCGGAGCAGUAAGCAUGCGCUGAGCUGGCAGACUCUGGGCUGGUCCUGACGGGCUGGCUGGGCUCCGGGCGGCUGUCUGUGCGCGUCAGACGGUCGUGGGGGAGACUUCCAUCAGCACUCAGCGUCUCCCCGAGUGCGGAGAGGGAGGAGAGAGAAAAAAAAUCAGGCAGAAGGCACACGGGGAUCACUGCGCGAAAAGAAACCAAAAACAGCCCUACCUCUGCAUCUGGAAAAUCACCGAAGAAGCUAGAGACGAUCCUCUCCCUCUACCCCACAUCCCGUCGCCAACCCGCCCUAUCUAUCCUAUCCACCACCACCACUUGGUGCCCUCCCACCCCUUCACCCCCGCCCCCUCUUUGGAGAAGCAAGACCACCCAUAGGAACCCCUGUACUUGACCAGCGUUGCCAUUAAGCGAUGCGCUUUGAAUUUAGGAAGAAAUCACCUAUGCGCUUUUGAUGCACAGCACAAGCAAGUGGUCUUCGUUGUUUUUUCCUCAGCGGGAACAGUUCAGGCUAAGGAUCUCUGGGUGUUUGCACUUUUUUGACGGGUUUCCAGUGUCGGGAUAACAUGCAAAAUAUCACCCCACGACCACAGACAAGGCUGUCAUCCUCGUAGACAAGCCUUUAUUUAAACGAGCAGCUGUCACACACGCUGCGUUUUAAGGCUUAUGUUUGCUUUUCAAUGCUUAGAAAUAAUCCUGACAAUGGUCUGCAAACGGACCGCCUCUCCAGACACCUAGUUCUAUUUUCCCAAGACAUGACAGCUGUUUAUUUCGUUUUUAACGUAGAAAAAGCAACAAACUGACGAGGGGUCUUCUUGACACAGACGCCGUUAGAGCCACGGGACUUUGCGUGCGAAGUUUGCACAGCAGAGAUCGGGACCAAGCCGGAGAUAUCUCGACCACAUCCACGGCAUUCUCGCUUCAAGGAGGGAGGUCUGCGAUCAUGCUGUCGCUGGACGAGCCUCUGGACCUGAAGCUUCCUCGGAGGGCCAACGGGAAGGACAGAGGGGCGCGCAAUCCUCCUCUCUCACCGCUGCACCCCAAACAUGCUCGCCAGCUCCACAUGGCAGAUGAUGGGACAGCAGUCAUAGAGCCUGCCUCACCAGCAUCUCCACACACAGGCGUGCAGGUGGUCCCUCAUGAUCGAACAGACACUCCCACCCCCCCUGCAGUGGACCUGAGCAUGUCUCCAUCCUCCCGCCACACCCCAAGCUCUCCAGAAAUGACCAACGGAAACUACAUCCCUUCAGGCAAUUCUCAUAUCUCACAGGCCUUCCAGUUCUUUGUGCCAAUAGGACAUGGGACAGGACUUCACCUUCCAUCCUCUAUGUUCAUUGGCCAGACUAGUGACAAGAGAUCCUCUCCAGAUCUUUCAGCAGAUGAACAGCUAGCCUGUCGUUGGAAGAAGUGCCAUCUGCUGUUUGACUCCCUGCAAGACCUGGUGGACCACGUUAACGACUUCCACGUCAAACCUGAAAAGGAUUCUGGGUACUGCUGCCACUGGGAGGGCUGUGCUCGCAAAGGGAGAGGGUUUAAUGCUAGGUACAAAAUGCUCAUCCACAUUCGCACUCACACUAAUGAGAAACCCCAUCGCUGUCCCACCUGCAACAAGAGCUUCUCGCGCCUGGAGAAUCUCAAGAUACACAACCGCUCACACACAGGUGAAAAGCCCUACAUUUGUCCGUAUGAGGGUUGCAACAAGCGCUACUCCAACUCCAGCGACCGCUUCAAACACACACGCACGCACUAUGUGGACAAGCCCUACUACUGCAAGAUGGUGGGCUGCUUGAAGCGCUACACAGAUCCCAGCUCUCUCCGCAAGCACAUCAAAGCCCACGGCCACUUUGUGACUCAGGAGCAGGGCUCCUCAGGUGGAGUGGGCUCCCUGUUAAAGGGAAGUCAGAGCGGGGGGUUUACUAGUGGUGGUGGGAAAGAUUCAGAGUUGUCCUAUGUGAGUGGAGCCCACAUUAUAAUCCCAGGGGCAGCGGCUGCUCUCCUGGGAGGCCAUGCUCUGCAGGGCCUGGGUGGAAGCCUGCCCCUGUCCCCACUCAGUUCUCGGCCCCUGGACCUCAGCACACUGGGCUGUGCCAACUCCCCUCCUGGCAGCUUGGGAGGAACAUCCAUCCUCUCUUUCAACGGCUCCCCGCUGGGUCUCACAAAGUCCCAUCUUCUCUCCCCCGCGUUUCCCUCCUCGGCCCUGGGCCUGCCGAUGGUGCCGGUUCUGGGGCCCGCAUCCGAGUGCGGGGCCCAGAACCACCAUGCAAAGAAGGGCAAAGGAGAGGAGGCAGAGAAUGAGGUGACUGGGGGGGCCCUGAACCUCUCCACAGGAGGGUCUCAUGAUCCUUUGUCCUGGGUCGUCAUCCCCCCAGGCACUGUGGUGCUCAAGCCAGCUGUGGUCAACUGAUACACACACACACACACACACACGUUUUACUAACACACAUUCCAGAAGAGCUCAGGGGGUCGGGCUGGGAGGGUCAAUGCCAUAGUGAGGGUCUGGGCAGUCAAAGGUGAUAGGGAUUGGCUCGCACAAUCAAAUCCAGGCAAUGCAUUGGGAUAGAGACACUUAAAGAAUAAAAGCAUACUUAUCAAAUCGGCAAUCAGCAAAACAAGUGAAAAUACUACACCUCACAAGAAUGAGCGUGCAACGGAAGGCUAUCGCAUUGUUGGCAAAAAACUAAACUUGAGGCCCAAAUGCUCUGUUCAGUAUGGCUAAGGCCUUACAACAGGCUCCUCUUUCCUCUCUUAUUUUAUACUCUACUCAUUCCUGUUUGCUGUUUCUAUGGACAAGGACCAUGAAAGUGACAGUCUUAGUGCUCUGUGUUCUUACAAAAGUCCUCCUUCAUUGACAAGUAUUUAUAAGACUGUACUUUGACAGUGUGCCUCCAGCUUCGCAGUGAGAUACACACACACACACACACACACACACACACACACACACACACACACAAAAUAAGUGACGCGCUCACAUUUAGGCAAACAGGGGGAUUCUCAAAUCACUUUAAAGUUUUGACCUAUUUCUCGCAGGACGCUGUGAUUAAUAUGAUCCAGACAAGCUUGCCAAACCAAAGCAAGUGAACUCAAAUGUAUUUGUGCGGGGUGACGAGACCAUUAAACACAGCGAAUAAUAGUGUCAACUGGCUAUAGUAUCGAAACCUCAAAACUGCUGCUAACUAUUGACAAUCUGUCCCCAGUUUGGGGAGAGGGUGACCAACACAGACCAGCCUAGUCCACCAGAAUGUGUACGAGGUGUGCAGACUAGGGGCUUUUAGGGGCACGGAGCAAACUGAGGACAUAACAUAGACAAACGGUGUUACAUCACCUGGCAAUCACCAAUCGAUUUUCAAGUGAGAUUUAAGGCACUGUGGUGUAGCCGACACCCUCCAACCCCCCUCCUAGUAGGACGUGACACACACGACAUCCUGCUUGCCUUUUACAGAACUAGCACUGUUUUUUUCUCUUGGAUUGUCCAGCUGCUUUCUCGUAAUUGAAUCAACACGGCCAUCUUGCGUAUGAAAGGGCCACUGUGGCGAUAAACACUACUGUCUUGUAUUUUUUUUUUUUUUUAAGUAACCCGACCCAAAACCAGCUGUGAAAAACAGGUGGUCGUCCAGUCGAAGUCCAACCCGGAGCCGUCGGUCGAAUAUUUGUCCUGAGUUCAACAAGUUUUCACGCUGUGCCAAAAGUACCUGGAAAACUGCAAGCGGGAUGUUCACAUUGUGCCACAGAGGAGGGGUGGAGGUGUGUUUGGGCGGGGGGGUGUUGUGCACUCAGUGCCACAUACAGCUGGACUGAAUAUGAAGCCACACUAUUGCAAACUGCCUCAAUUUACUCUGUCCAAAGGGGCAAAAAUGGACAAAACAACAACAAAAAAAGACUCAUUUAACUUCUGGGAAACUUCUCAUGGUUUGAUAAAGCUGUCGACAUGCACUUAUCACAAACUAUAUCCCUUGUGUGUUCUUAUGAAAUGUUACACGGUUCUUUGAUCAGUUGUUUUGCUCUCAGUCCGGUUUUUUUUCCUGCUGUGGGUCCUUCCAGACGCCUGUCGCUCAGUAAUUGUCCGUGACACUGACUUUGAUUGCUGCGUGCACAGAAGAGAGAGGUCGAGGAGCGGGAGAGGAGGAUCAUAACACAAGGAACAUUCCCUCAAGAGACUGACAUAAACCCCAGCCCUCCUCUCUCUUCACUCCUCCAUCUCUCCCCUCUCCUUCCGCUUCAUUGGCUGUCUCCUUUUUUCAUCACUUUAUCCAAGGGGGCGAUACAUUUAGUUAUUGCUGUUUCGUGUUUUUUUUCUCUCUCUUUUUGUUUUGCUGUUGUUCAGACGAGACAUUUUUUCUAAUGUUGAAGAUGCUUCUUGUGUUCUGUCAUGGCUUCUCUGCAAAUCAGCUUUCUGCUGUCGAGGAUGAGUCUUUCGAGAGGUCGAAGAGUCGAAGAGAGGGAGAGCUUUGGUUGGUUUUCCAGCAGCAGUGGUCCCCAAUCUGACAUCUGGGAGACAAAAGGGAUAUUAUUAUAAAUCUGAAGGGUCGGGUAAUAAUUUUUAAAAACUUUAAAAAUGCUUCAGUAGAUCAGUGGAUGACACUAAGUCUGUUUGCCAGCCCGUUAUUUUGCCAUUAGACCUAUAUGUGAAUAAUCUUUAGUCUUUCUAGAAUAAUGAAUCCAGUGUGAUUCUUUUGCCCCUCAGGAUCAUUUUAAUAAUUCAAGUGAUCUCUAUCAUCUAGUGCUGCCAUCCACCCAUCCAUCCUCUUCAGGAUUAGUAGGGGUGCUGGCGUGUAUCCCAGCUUUUACUGGGCAAAAGGACAGCUCACCAGUCUGUCACAGGGCUAACAGAGAGACAGACCACUGUUCACACCUAUGGCCAAUUUUUUCCAUUGUAGUAUGUUAUCAUGUACUUUAACACACUGCCUUUCCCGAGCGUAACCUCACAGAGACAGUUAAGUCCUCAGUGUGGUUUCCUAUACAGUGUCACAAACUCCUUAACUCCUCCCCCUUGGAUGCCUUCUAUGGGUAACCUUUGUUUCUCUUUGAUCUGAGUCUUUUCUGUUAUAUUGCAGAUCUGCUUCCAGAGCAAAAUGACUGGGUUUGAAUCAGAAGUGAGCUCUGCCUAUACAGCUUACCAAGGCUACCCUUGGAAAAAAACAUAGAACCUGCUCUAAUGAUCGUCAAACAACGUCUUUAUUGAUAUGUAAAGGGCGACGCUGUUAAAUUUCUUAGAGUUAAAAUGAAACCGUGUUGUAAGGAACGGUAUCAGUGUUGGGGGGAUCUGCUGAACAUAUAUUAAGACUAAGACCAUACACUGUGCAAAAAGACAAGGUGGCAGACACAGUGAUCUGUAAUCUGUUCAGUAGGUUUGGGUUCAAAUGAAUGCUGUGUGCAAUUUUCAUGCAGAACAAACAAGAGGCAGCACUUCCAAAACUUUACAGAUUCUACCAAAACCUGGCAACCCUGAUUUCGAGGCCAUAACUGCAGAUUUGAUCCCUUUUGUCUUAAGCCAAAAGGUUGGAACCACUGCUUUGACAUUACAGUCCUCCAAGACAAACACACCGGUGUGUGCCACUGAGGGAGUGUGAGCAUAAUAAAUGUCUUUAUUGAGAGAGUAUCCGAAACAAAAAAACAACAAAAAGGAAAACAUCUGACUGUGAAAUGUUGGGCAGCACUGAGAGAGCGUGAGAGCAAAGAGAAAGGCUUGGCUGAAUGAAUAAAUGAAUAGACAAGGGACGGGGAGAGAUGAGAGCAGAGGCUGUAUGCCAGUGGAGGAUGGCUGUGCAGCGCAGCCACUCUCCAUCUGGCCACCUACCCCAGCAAACGGCCCUCUCAGCUCUGAAGUCGCUGUGCUGUGCCCAAUGUGGCAGCCACUCAGAGGCAUACCAGCCUGCAGAAAACUAGGCCACUGAACUCUAGCUGCCCUCUUUUCUUGUUUUGACAGGGAUAGUAAAAAGGCCACUUUCACAGCAAACAAAAGAAGUAUAAACCCCCGUGCCUGAGUUUGUGCUGCCCACAGGUCCACCAGGAUUCACAGCCUACCUGUGUUUCUGCCUCAGUAAUUUUGUUAGUCAUUAUUAUCUCAGAGACCCCCCCCCAAAAACACCACACACACACACCAUUGGCCUGUCUUUGGAGUCCGGGUGGGCAUUGAAUUGAAAAGAAUUUCUUGCUCUUUGAGUGGACAAUCCUGGCGUGUGAUGUCACCAAAACAGGUGUUAAGUAGGCUAGACACGGUUUCCAUGGCAACAGUGAAACCCACAGAUGCUGCAGCUCUCCUCUUCCUCCUCCACCUCCCCUGUCUGUCUCUUCCUCUUGCUGGUCGAAGCCAGGGACAGAGACUCUGCGUGGCUGCAGAAGUCUGAACGAUACUGACACGGAUCCUUCCAGGGUCCACCCAUCUUUAAUAUUAAAUAAGCUGUACGAUCCAUUAACCCUUUGAGCUCACCCUGUAAUAAACCGCCCCCCUCCCCCCUUUAUAGCGAGUGUAGAUAAGGUGAUGCUGUCACGUCUUUUCUCAGCGUAGUGCGUUAUUCGUCGGUUGUUUUUGGGAACAAAGUCAUUGUAAAAAGUCAUUCGGAGUCGCUAAAAUGUCUGAAUUCUAAAAUCUUAUUUUUCAUAUAGCAUAAAAAGAAAAAGUGGUACGCGUUCCUGCAGAUUUUAACACUUCACGUUGAGACGCGUGGAGCUGAAAUCCAGGGCAAAAAGCUGUCAGCGAGUCGGGUCAGGGUAAAAGGGGUGCCGCUGACCGAAAGCGCUACGGCGUUGCACAAAGGGUUAAUGAUAAGACUAAGGCCACGCAAGGCCUGUUCCAAGUUCUGUUUUUUUGCACAUUUGUGAGAUAUUAUGUCAGUAUUUUAAUUUUUCCAAGUGCCUUUUUAUUAUUAUAGGUAAAUAUAGAAGUUAUACACUAUGAAAAAGAAAAUGAUUAUAUGAAAAUAUAUAUUUUUUUUCCUGGCGUCAUGUUCUAUGGUCGAACAUGCAGAAUUUUAGAGUUGUAAAAGUCUCCAAUUGGUACAACAUAGCGGCGUGCUCCUGUUUUAGAGGAAUUUUAUUACGAUAUUGAUAAUAAUGUCAAUGAAAACAAAAAAAUGUUUAAUAAAGCUGCAUUUGAUA